AUGGAUUUUGUGACUGAGAACGACGCAGUUGAAGUCGGAAAUAACGUUUCUCACAGUGAAAACGUGUCUCAAGCAAUGGUGAGUAAUCCUUUCAUGUAAACCUUUUCUUUUAGUUUGACAACCGUCCACAAGCCGUCUAAUUUGCAUACAUUUUCCCUAUUUAAUUGCUCUCACCACUUGCUUUGGUUUCAGGAUGGUAUUUGAUUUCCACAGCUAAAACUUUCCAGUAAUUUAGUAAAAUAGCCAAGGUACCUUUUUAUUUUGAUUUUAUGAUCAAGCCGCGUAUACCAGAGGCCUUCAUUUUCUAGCAUUUCCAACGUCACAAAUAUGACUCCUUUAGACUUGUCGAUUAUAAAAAUAUGAAAUAUCGUUUUUCAAAUUUUCUUUUAGGAUUUUAAAGAGUAAGAACAAAGUAAUAAUUCGAUAAAGUUUCAAUAUCAGGGAAUGUUUGUUACGCGUUCAUCCUUCUUUCGAAGUUGCCAUUGCAUCCUGCCUUGUUUUGUGUGAAUAACAGGCAUAAAAUCGGUUUUUCAAACUUUUUCUAAUUUCUCCUUUAAAAUGAAUCGGUUGAACUCAAAACUAUUUUUUCUUAAAUUAGGUCACUAAAAGGAAUGUGACUGGCAAAAUAAUAAAAAAAUUGUUUUUUUGACGAGUGUUUUUCGAUUUUCGAUUUCCUCAGAAAUUGGCUAGUGGCUAAUAGCUAUUUCGCAAUAAAUGGAUAUGAUGGCAGUUAAAACAUUUUUCUAGGCUGCAGCUAGGCUCAGGGAGGGAUUCACCAAAUUCUGUGUCUACAUCGAUGGCUCCAACCUGCCGGAGAACUGUGAAUUCCAACUGGAACAAGUUGUACAAGGAGAUGGUGUUGAUUCUGGGGAUUUGCUUACACAGUAUCGACUGAAACCAGCGGAGGGUUUUGGCAAACAGGUGUGUUGUUCUUUAUAUAUCUCUAUCUAUAAAUAAUUAUUUAGAUUUCUGGAGUCGGACUAAUUCAAACACAUUUAUUUGCAACUUUGAGUUUCAUGCUUCUUACGAAGCAAUCAUUAGGCAACUGACCACAAUAACGGUUAAAUUAUUUACAUUCCAUGAUAUACAAAUUAUAUAUAGAUUUAGCCAGGGCUAAAAGCGAAGCUCUGGUUUAUAAUACGUGUAAAAUUAAAUCGUGUAAUGCUAAACGGGGACGACAACGAAAAUGGCUUCAAGACUAACAGAUCUAAUUAGCAAAUAAACAAAUUGCACGUGCAGCACGCUCUUUUGUCUUUCCCUUGCCGUUGUUUUGCACGACUACAACGCUGUUUUGUACGACUGAACCGUAAAAUUUCCUAGUUACACGCCCUUUUUAUGGAGAAAUUGUCGUAUGUGCUUACCCAAUAUUUUUUUUCCUGUGUUCAUGUUCCGUGCUUUUAUUUUUCACUGCCGCUCAUUUUCAACUUGCUGGCCGCUAGCAUUUCUUAUUUUCUCUGAAUUUCCAUGUUUUUGUCCUACGAAAUUCGUCUGCUUUGUUUUCAAUAACUCGCUCAAGCUCUUUCUCUGUUGUCCACGUUAGUGUAAGCAUAAAAAAUAACACCGAAAAGGACACGACUUUGUUGUUUUUUCUUUCUAAAAGUCCGGGCGGCCAUAUGAUUUCCUUCCAAAUAAAAGCUUGAGUUGUAUUUGAGUUGCCAUGCCUGUUGAUUAAGUAAUUUUACAUUGGUAUGCCUGUGGUGCGGACGGACGGUCGGGCGGGCGGUCGGUCGGUGUACGGUCACGUGAUUACCAAAUUUUCUCGGAUGGGUAGAUUACCACAUUUCCUUAGCUUUGGGGCUCCGCCAAGGCGUGGAGCUCCGCUAUGAAAACAGGGAACAAUGCCCACUAACGUGACUUGUCAAGAUGUUAUUAGACAGCUCUGGUUUACCAUCGAGCACUUUUAUAGUAGAUGAAGUCUUCGGUUUAUCUGCUGCUAAUCACAUAUCUAUAUCUGUAUUUUUUUGCCAAAGUUAUUCAUUUGUCUUCUUAUUUUGCUUUUUGGGAAUAUGAAAAUGGCUUCCUUGACGGUUGGUUAAAUGUCCAUGAUUCUAGUUGUUAUCAAACUUUGGCGAAGGGGAAGGGAGAAGGGACAGGCGGAAACAGUUGAGGAGAAAACUCAGAAACUACCCAUUUAAUUGAGAAGGAGAAGAACUUUUGCGGAAACAUAUGCCCAAAACUGGCUUUUGUUUUGGAAAGUUAAACAGUUAAACAGCCAAAACCCUUAAAUUUGCAUGUGGCGAAAGACGACAACAAUUACACAAAUUGUCGAGCUCGCUUCUCAAAAUCCGCUAGACGCGAGAAAAAAAAGUACUGUUAUUCCUAAAUUAUGCGGCUGGUUGAAAGUAUGAAUUACAUGUUAGUUCUGAAUUGCGCUAAUCUGUGGCUGCAGAAAAAAAAAUAGUUUCUAGCAUACGCUUGAUUCCUUGUUUGGAAACGUGCCAAAAUUUCUUUUAUUGAUCUUCUCUCGCACGGUUUCUAGGCGGCGAUAUCCAAGGUGUGACCUGAACACUUGGAUGGUUCCAUCAUAGUGGAAAUUUGUGGCGAAAAGAUUGCGAAAAGGUAGCGCAAACCAGUCAAAAUGUGGGGUUGGUUUGCCCACAUAAUGUUCUUUCUCGAAGUUUUUAGUGCUACUUUAAUUUUCGGUUUAUGUUUUCCCUUGGUUUGUUGUCUUACGGCCAUGGCGACCCUUUAAAGCCACACCUGAACCUUCGAGGUAAGCACUUGUUGUUGUCGUCUUGUGUUAUUUGUCCUUGUCUUGUACUUGUUUGAGGUAUGGCAUUUUCAAGAACAUGAUAAUGUGACCAGACAGUCAUAUUUUUUCAACUCCUUAUCCACUUGCCUCAGGCUAAACAAACACCCUGGAUAUUACUGAAUUUUUUUCAAUAAUCAGCCUCUAUUUUUCUUUGGGAACAGAGCUGAUGUUUAUUUUAGACGUGAUUUACAGUAUUCCCUAUCCAUAUCGCUAAAAAAAGCCAGUAUAGUACAAAAACUUAAAGGUUGUUUCAUCCUAAAAAGGUCAGUAUUUCAAAAGAUAAUAUAAUAUAUUUCUAAGCUUUAUUAAACCUUAUAAGUGGAAGACAAGUGUUUUCUCAUGAAAAAGAAGUGAAGGUCCUACUAUUAACCUGGAGAGUUUGCUUUCAGGGCCGUAGCCAGUAUGAGGCAAACCGAGGCAAUUGCCUCAGGCAUUUUUUUUUCCCGGGAAAGUAAGAGUUUUUGAAGAAGAAAGAAAGAAACUAGCAGCAAAUAAAUUCAGAAACAGUUAAAUAAAUAAAAAAUGUUAACGCAACUUGGUAUUAUGUUUAAUGAUAAUGCGAAUCAGGCAGUAGCCUGAAUAGGCCACUUGCACUGAGAGGUCACGUGACCAAUGCUUCCUUUAAAAAAUGAGUUGGAAUCUUGUUCAUGCUAAAAUUGACAGAGCAGAUAUUUUAUGGCACUUUGAUUUUUCGACAAAGUAGUAUGAUUUGCACUGGCCGCCAUGUUUGAGGGCAUACUCUUGCCCCCCAACAUGGCAGCCAAAACUACUCUUUGCUUAUACCUUGUUAAACAUUUGAUAUUUACGCUCAGAUGUGCUGUAAACGUUACAACAUCAUCUUUUCUAGAUUUUCCUUUAAGUUUAAGUGCAAAAUUUGUGUUCAGAAAGAGGUAAUUCAUAACUUUAAAAAUCACACAUUUUGGUCACGUGACCAGCUGCGUACUUACUCAUUUUAAGAAAAUGGUGCGGGUUUGAAAAACCAAAUCACUAUUAUUUUGUUUAAGAUAUGACCCGCUAAUCGUUUUUCGAAGGCAAAAUCGUAUAACCUUCUUUUCAUAAAAACGAUGUCACAUGACCUCUUGGUGCAAAUGGCCUGUUACAGAUGAGAAAAAUUAAGCAAAAAUUCAUGCUAACCAGGCAGCGGCUUCCCAAAAUAUUUCCUCAUUUUCAUGUGUUUUGCCGCCAUUUCUCGCGUCUUCUUUCUUCUCUGGUCUAACUGUCUUCUCCGAGAGCAAGUCCUCUUCAUCCUUUUACUUCAAAACAUGGGCAGUUGUAAAGUCGAAGAUAGAGAUAGGGAAAUAAACGAGGGAAAAUAAGACGCGCAAAACAUCGAAUGUAAGAGGUUGGAUGGCUUCAAUAAUGUGACGUCACAUUUUUCCACUAUAUUGUAACCAAUCAUGUCAGCCAGUUUCCUAUCCAGUCCUUCUAUUAUCCAUGCACAAAGCAAUCCCAGUUUUCUGAGGUUCUCAGUAACCAUGAAUGAAGCCGCAGAGAUAGCUGCACCAGGUUUGACGAAUGGGACGAUAUCUCUUUCUUUAAGAACUGAAUAAUCUUAUUCACUUUGUUUCCUCUUUAGGAAUCUGUCGGUGUAACGUUAAAUCCGUCAUAUCUCCCAAAACUUGAGGAGGAUGUUUUGGAGUGUCUCCGCAACAUAAAACGAGAAAUGAAUACAGGAGAUAAAGCAGACAUGUGGUGUCACUUUGGAAAGGCCUUGAUACGGGGACCAAACAUAGGUGAUGUUGACUUUCUUAUUGGCUAAUUUUUAUCUAAGAAUUUAAAGUUGCAGACAAGUUAUAUUACUCUACGACAUCAUGCCCAUUCGAACUAUUCGAAAGGGACGUCUGAAUCAACGAGCCGUUAAUGCCGUCCAGUGACGUCACUACUCCUUUGCUUUGAUUCAUGCAAACAACUGGCAAUAAAGAAAUAUCGACCUGAAAUGUCUCUAUGGUACAGAAUUACUUUACUCUUAAAUUGUAAUUCAUCUUAAACGUUCAAACUGUUAACUACAUGCAGUUCUCUGAACGAAUCUUUUGCUUGUAUAGCGCCAUAAUUCAAUAAUCAACCUCGAUCCUGGUCACGCAAGAAUGAAAUACACACGGGACACUUCAAAACCACAACAAUUUGCUUUAAUUUAAAAAAAGCUAUUUGGUCCUUACGAAGAAGAAAAAAAAAAACAGGAAAAAAAGGCUUACAGAAUCAUUACACUUGACAGUGGAAAUGACAGGAAGUCCGAAAACUUGCUAGCUCGACACAAAAAUUGAUCACCGAUGCCUCGCAUAAACGAAAUCACUACGGAGACCACAAAGCGACUCAAAAUGAAAGCCUACCGACUUUCCGCGUUGAUUCUUCAUUCGUAGGUAAAUUUAGAAACUCAUAGUUUCAAAGACAAGGGCUAUUUUGCUGAUUACAACAAAGAUUGUCGAAAUUUUGAACUCUACGCAAGUGUGCGAUCCGCUCACUUCAGACGACAGUCGCACUAUAUUGAGCCGGACACGAAAACCCCGAAACAACAAUUAUUGGAAAAAUAGGGACCGUGUAACCCCAAUCAAGGCUUUGUCGUCGCCUAUAAUGCUUUUAAGGUUACGUUAUUAACAUUCACGAGGUUCACACGCGUCAUGGAGCUGUUCGCCUUUUUGUCUAUUUUACUGCUAUUACAGGGCUUGAAGAUCAACUGUUGUUGGAAUACGAGAAAGGGUAAUUACCAAGAAUCGCACCGGAAGAGCAGUUAUUAGCUUUCCUUCUCUCGUAAGACGUUGGCAAGAGGAAAACUUUACACUCGGCACUCACCCUAUAAUUUUAAUUUCGCGCUGGAUUUACAUUAGUUACAGAAGCACAAGAACAAUGGUCCUAUUGUUAUCUAACACUACAUAACAAAAGACAGACCACUGGAGGCAACGAAGCGAACUAUUCAACUUCAGAGAUCUCAAGACGAGUAGAAAGCAGACUUCUGGGUUGCUGGAAUGAGAAAAGAGGAGUACAGUGUUUCUGUCAUUCGCAGGACCUUGUUAACAUCAACAUGGGAGCGCAAAUUUUAUUUUUUACGCCGUUUUUCAGUAGACAGCGUUUCCUCCACAGGAAGCCCAAACUAUCGCGUAGUCGGUGUCUGUACUACUCGAACUCUUGUGCGGUGAACCAAGUACUGCUCCAAGGAGGCGAUAUUGGGGUCAAUCCCGACCCUCCAAAGCGAAAAUCAGCAGCCCCUCGAUGCCCCCAGUGUGAGAAACCUGUUGCCAGAAAUCACUCCUUUUGUUUUGAUGUGACUCAUGCGAAGUGUUCAAAGGUUUUCGACCCAAAAUAUAUCUGA